AUUAUAUUAUGAGGUAUAAUCUGAACGGAGACAGUUUUUUCAAUUUUUUCCGUCCACAUAAUUUCUUUUCGCUAAUAUUCUCUGUAUGAUGUAAGAAUAACAUCUCCAUCUGAGUUUUUGCAGCGAAAAAAAUGAUAUUAAAAUGGCAAAAUAUAUAGCACAAGUGGUCGUUCUAGGUGCUCAAGUAGUUGGCCGGGCAUUUGCUCGCGCAUUGAAGCAAGAAUAUAGUGCUUCAAAAGCUGCAGCCCAGCAGGGUACUUCUCGGAAAGCACAGGAAGUUAAUGUGAAGCAUGGAAUUAGUAUUGAAGAAGCGAAAGACAUACUUAAUGUUCAAAAACUUGAUUCUGAGGCAGUCAAAAAAUCAUACGAACAUCUUUUCAGUGUAAAUGAUAAAGCCAAAGGUGGUUCUUUAUAUCUACAAUCUAAAGUUGUUAGAGCAAAAGAAAGAUUAGAUGAAGAAUUAAAUUCACAAAGUUCAGCGAAAGAUAAUAAAACUGAUACAAAAGACUCCACUUGAAUGAAUUAUAAUAUUCCUUUGCUAGAUAUGUUUCAUAUGUUGUUUAGCAGCGAACUCUUGUAAUUGUAGUACUGAAAUAAAAGCUGAAAUAGAGCAAGCGUUAAUAAAUACAUAAGUUUUAUUUGUA